ACACUGCGGAACAAGCUGGCGGAUAGUUCCUCUCUCUCGCCGUCAGAAAACUUGAUAGAGAGGGGGAAAAAAACUCCCCGAGCGUCAAAGGCAUUUUAGGCCUAUUACGUCGUACCCUAGGUCCCGUUUUUUUCUUUUUUAAUUUUUGGUGAGUCUCUAGUUAUGUAAGAGAUUUAAUCUGUGGGUGAAGGUGGAGAUGUUUUGGAACGAGCGGUCUGGGAAGUGGAAUUAAAGGCUGUAAACAGACCCAUCAUGUGGCUGCGUGAGGGCUGAAGGCUGGGGAAGCUCCGAGCGACCGUCCUACCGGGGAACACGGACUCCGCGUCAACAUGCCAACCUUCUCUGUCAUGUAUAAAGGAGCUGUCAUCAUCAGCAGGACACUGAUGGGCCCGUACGGAGUAGACCGAGCUGUUCAUUCCAUGGAGUUUACAGACUGUGAGAAUGGUCUGGGAAUCAAAGUGAUAGGUGGAGUAAAGGAGGUGACUGGAGAGGAGUUUGGAGUCUACGUCAAACGGAUUUUACCUGGUGGCCUUGCUUCAAGUGAUGGUAACCUGUUGCCAGGAGACCAGAUCUUGGAGGUGAACGGGGACAGUCUCAUAGGAGUCACAAGCGAAAGAGCUGUGGACAUCCUGAGGGCAGCCUCUGCAACCAAUCACAUGCGCCUUCUCAUUGCCAGAGAUGAGGAAGCGAAGAGAGAAUUUGCUGAGCUGCUGGACAAGUAUGGAUCCAAUGGCAGCACAGGAUCGACACGCAAUUCUCCUAUCCAACAAGGAGGCCGCUACCUGGACAGCACAUCAUCUGGGUCCUCAUCCCGCUCCCAGAGUCCUUUGCUGUUGAGCCCGGCAGGCUCCCAGACCAUGUACAACAGCAGUGGGCCGCUGCUGCGUUCCCUCAGUCAUCCAGGUGAAGGGGUGAUUCAGCUCAUUUCCGUGGCACGAUCCAACAGUCUGGGCAUCACCAUUGGAGGAGGCUCCAACCGGCCUGAUGGCCCUGCCGUCUUCAUCCAGGAGGUGCUGUCUGGAGGCGACUGCCACCGGGAUGGACGCCUGAGGCCUGGGGAUCAGCUCAUUGCCAUCAAUAAGGAGUCAUUGAUAGGUGUGACCCAUGAGGAGGCCAAAACCAUGCUGAACAAAGUCAAAUUCAGCCAAGACAGUGUGGUGGAGGUAGCCUUCAUCCCAGGUAAAGGGCCCUUUCCCAGCAGCACAUCUCUCCACAACGGGGUCCAACGGGCAAUGGGCAACAGUCUCAGCUCUGGACGCCUUAAAGUCCAUGUCAGAUCACCUGAGAUUUGUACAGAGGAGCCAGCCCCAGUGUCUUCACCUUCUCCUGACAUCUGUCCACCGGACAUUCACAUUUCAGGCUCAACCAGCCAGCGAUCUCCGUCAGGAGCCAAACCCAAGAUAACACUGGACCCCUACAUCCGCCUCAAAUCAGACAAGUUGGACCUUGCAUUGUCCUUCCUUGGUUUGGACGUCACAGAGGAGAAGAGGAGGAAGUUAAAACAGAGUCUGCCCACAGACCCACAAGGCACUGUGGCCUAUGGAGACUUUGUGGAGGCAACCCGCAGCAUUUUCCAGGAGAACUUAGAGGAGGCGGGCUUAGCGUCAGGCCCCUUCAUGUUCUCCUACCUCGAAGCAGCCAGCCUGAUGGACACCUCUGCCUUCCACUCCCCUACAUAUGAAUCAGAAUGCAGCUACAGCAGUGAAGAGAUGGAGCAGUUUCAGACAGAGGUGAAGCAGCUGCAAACCCAGAUGAAGCAGCUCAAGCCUUCAUCUGCUCCCUCUGUGUGGCAGGUGAUGCUGAAGGACACAGAGCACAGCAAGAAAACCCUGGAGGAGGAGCUGCAGAAGACCUCUGAGAAAGCAUGUCUGACUGUGGAGGAGAACAACCGUCUGAAAAGUCGUCUGCAGGCGGCGGAGGCUGAGGUGGUGCAAAGGCAAGCCAACAGUGCAGAGCAGGACUACGAGGAAGUCAUCCAGCUGCUGGAGGCUGAGAUCAAGGACCUGAAGAACCAGCUGGCUGGCAAGAGGCAACCACGCGGCCUGGAGGCCACCAAGGAGGAGGUGCUGGAGCUCAACAGGAGGCUGGCAGCCAUCGACAGCCAGCUGAGGAAGUCGGAGCUGAGCAGAAAACACCUGCAGAUCUCCAACAAGAAACUACUGGGCUUUGCACAGAAUGUCCACAAGGUGUUAACAACUCCCAGCUUGUUUGGAGGGGAAAAUGGGAGCAACAGGUCGUCUCCAGCCACCGACAGCCCGGACACCCCGUCACCCCUCCCUGACCCGGCUUUCCAGCUGGCUGUCGAGGCCAAAGAGCUGGUGGAGGGAGUCCACGCCCUCAGUACCGAUGACACAGCAUUACUGAGCGACUCGGAGACCGGCUCUGUCCCGGAUGCCACCCCUCACCACAUGUAACCAACACGGGACGAACAUCCACAGAAGACCAGGAGAACUGGCUCCAGUAACACUGUGUGACUGGCUCAACAUCUCCAACCCGUUAGACAAAUCUGGAAUGCCAUCAGUGCAUUUCUUCAAACUAACAAAAUAACUACUCAUUUCAAAUCCAGUCUCUCUAAAACGAUCAAAUGUUCUUCCAGUUAUCAUUCGAGGCUUGUGUAUGUCCAGGGAACCGCUUUGCAACUGCAGCAGCGAGAGAUCUUGUUUUUUUUUUUUGUUUUAUUUUGUUUUUUUUAAAUGUGAUGAAUUUCACACCAUAUGAUGAAUUUCCAUACCUGUGUUGACCCUACACGUGUCACAAUAGAGCAGGCAAAGAGCGCAGAUAUCCAGGCUUCUAAACGCAGAGGGACUAGCUGUAGUGCAGCUCUCACCUGGGUUUGGGCCGUAGCCUAGAGCAGACUGCAGCCAGGACAUGUGGUUCAUAGAUAAGGCUGGGUUCUGAAACUCUGAAAGGCAUCUCUUCCUUCCUCCUGUACAUGCUAUGUCCCUGCAGCCCACACUGACACACUGAACAGAGACAGAAUGGCCAAAGUUUUAAUGCCAAAGUUUGAUUGUGUGCAUCAAACUUCCAUCUUCCACUAAAAUAUUUAGCAAUUUAUGUUCUUCAAAUAUUCAAGGGAACCUAGGAUAGAUGGUGCAAAUAUCGACAUUUUUAUUACUUCCAUGUGUAAUAUUUCAAAAGUGGGGUAUGUUGGACCAUGAGCCAAGGACAUUUGACGUUAAAUCAGAUGCACAGACAUCCUUAAAAGACGUUUUCUGACCAAAAAGUACGUCCUUUUUUUGAGACUUUUGUACUCGACUUGUGUUACUGGAACCGCACGAGGCAUUGUGAGGAGCUGCAUGACCACUUCUAGACAAACAGAUACUCUUGUAAACCUUGUUAGCACCCGCUCUUGACCUCUUUUGUCCCCACACACACAAAUUCAUGAAAGGACAACCUGUCUGUCUGGAAAAGACUAAAGGUCUGAAGCAGUCAGCUGUUUCCCCUCUGUGAAUACUGGCUUCAUCUCCAUUUUCAUAACUUGCUGCCAUCUCUUGUCAGUGCUCUGCCUCUGUUGCUUGUUUGUUUAGUCACAAAGUUGUGAACUGUCAGGCAGGAAGUGUCUGUUUUCCUACUCCUAUCUUGCUAACUUUCAGCGUUUCCUUAUUCAAUCAAUGUAAAGGAAGAUGGGGAAUGAAGUAUUUAAAGAGUACUUGGAAUGUCAACAGUGUUCAUUCAGUUUCAUCAUCUGCAGCUGAAUAUCACUGCAUGGUUCAAUGUAUGACUGGCUCCAGCAUCCUGGAAUGGGUUUUAGGUUUUGGGAAAUGCAACAGCUGCUACUGUGGGAACUUGUGUGUGAGAUACAUGUUGGAGGUCAUGGAGGCUAGGAGGAUUUAACUCAAAACAUAAAAAUUUCAAAAACACUGACAUGUCCUAUAAUUUAAUCAGAUUGCAUCUUCGAUGUGGCCUCAAUUUCUGUUACUGUUUUAUAUUAAAGGAAUAACAUAA